AUGAAGACCGUCAUCGCUCUUUCUUUCGUUGGGGCCGCUCUGGGGGCGCCUACCAGAACCAUUGAGAACCGCCAGUUCGGCAGUCUGGGUAGCGGUUUGGGAUCUAGCAGUGGCUUAGGUGCUCUGGCCUCCCUCAUUCCUAGCUCUGGCAGCAGCGGUCUCAGUGGCCUCAGUGGUCUGAGUGGUCUCGGCUCCCUGGGAGGAUCUAGCAGCGAGAGUGGUCUCGGUGCUCUAGCCUCUCUCAUCCCUAGCUCCUCCUCAAGCAGUGGCCUCAGUGGCCUCAGUGGCCUUAGCGGUCUCAGCGGCCUUGGAUCUCUGGGAGGUUCCAGCAGCGAUAGCGGUUUGGGAGCUCUGGCCUCUCUGCUGCCUAGCUCGGGCAGUGGUCUGAGUGGUCUCAGUGGUCUCGGCGACCUGAGCAGUCUCGGUUCCCUGGGUGAAUCGAGCAGUGACAGCAGCGGCCUCAGUGCGCUUUCCGGUCUGGGCUCAGGUCUGAGUGGUUCCUCGUCCAGCUCUGGUAUCAGCAGCCUUCUAGGAGGCCUUUCUAAGCGACAGCUCACAGGCUCGACUACGGCCAACGACGUCACCGACAAGGCUAGCUGCAAGGAGCUGACUUUUAUCUUCGCUCGCGGUAGCGAGGAAUUGGGCAACAUGGGCUCCGUGGUUGGCCCGCCCGUUGCUACUCAGUUGAAGACCUUGACUGGCAACAAGGUGAACGUCCAGGGCGUGACCUAUGCUGCGACUGCCGAGAGCAACGUGGCCCUCGGUGCCAACGGCGGCCCUAUCAUGGCCGAGCUGGUCGAGACUGCUCUCAAGCAGUGCCCCGACACCAAGGUCGUGCUGGGUGGUUACUCGCAGGGUUCGAUGGUCGUCCACAAUGCCGCAAGCCGCCUGACGGCCGACCAGGUCGCCGGUGCCGUGCUCUUCGGCGACCCAUUCAAGACCCAGGCCGUCGGCAAGCUUGCCAGCAGCAAGGUCAAGGAGUUCUGUGCCAGCGGGGACCCCGUGUGCGAGAACGGAUUUAACGUGAUGGCACACUUGAGUUAUGGCAGCAACGCCAAGGAGGCGGCGCAAUUCCUCAUUCAGGCUGCCGGGCUCUCGGCCUCCUCUUGA